UAAACGUCUAAGUAAGUCAGUUCUGCUUAAUAUGAUAAUUAUGCCCAGCAUACACAGCAAAUAACAUCACUUCAGUCAUAGUUUUAUGGUUGUGUAAAUGUUAAACAUUAUUUUUGACAGCUGCAGGUGAAACUUCAGAUUUGAGCCUUUGCAUUUAGAGAAGUAAUCAGUUUGAGUUUUGAUCUUGUAGUCCUGCUUUUAAAACUCUUAAUGGUCUGAGUCAGUGGUUUUCAAACUGGGGGCCCUGAGAUGGUGCCAGGGGGCCCCCAGUUUUAUGACAUUUUAUAUGCAUUAAUUUAUCAUGAAUUCUGUUUAAAUAAACCUCAGAAAAUUAAGGUUAAUAACCAGCAGCACUACACUGUAUAUUUUAACAAGUUUUGGUUAAUUCAAAUGUUCUGUUGUACAAUGUGUUAUGUCAUACAUUUUCUUUGGGGGGCACGAAGGGCACAAGGGGAUCACCGUACACAAGAGGGGGCGCGCGACAAAAAAGAUUGAGAACCACUGGUCUAGGUAAUAAACGUUCCUGUUACUAAAAUACAUGAUAGUUUUGCUGAGUUUAACAUUAUAGUAGUGCACUUAUCAAUGGGUUUGUCUUUUAAGAUUUUUGGACUGAAACUGCUGGAGAAAAUGUUUCACAUGUUAUUGUUCUGUUUGAUCGAGUGGCGUCUGGUUGGUGUGUUUGGUGAUGAAGUGAAGUCAGUGUCAGUGAUGGAGGGAGAUUCUCUUAAUCUACAGACUCACCUUACUGACAUACAGACUGUUCAUCUGAUACUAUGGAGGUUUGGACCUUAUGACACUCCAAUAGUUUCAAAUUAUAGAGACAUCAGUAAGAUCUCAAUAUAUGAUAAUGUUCUUGAUGGGAGAUUCAGAGACAGACUGCAGGUGAAUAAUCAGACUGGAGAUCUCACCAUCACAAACAUCACAACUAAACACACUGGACUUUAUCAAAUAAACAUCUUUCUCAGCAUCAGUCGCAGUGACCCCAUUAAAGUGACCUCAUACAGAUUCAAUGUUACUGUCUAUGCUCGUCUGCCCGUUCCUGUCAUCACCAGGAACAGUUUACAAAACUCUUCGUUAAGUUCAAAUUGUUCAUUUUUGUGUUCAGUGAUGAAUGUGAUAAAUGUGACAGAUGUGAGUCUGUCCUGGUACAAAGGAAACAGUUUAUUGUCCAGCAUCAGUGUGUCUGAUCUCAACAUCAGCAGCAUCUCUCUUCAUCUGAAGUGUCUGGAUGAUUCUUACAGCUGUGUGGUGAACAAUCCCAUCAGUAAUCAAACUCAACAUCUCAACAUCACUGAUGUCUGUCAGCCGUGUUCAGACUCUCUUAACUGUUGUGAUACUACUAAAGCUGUGAUCCGAUUGGUUGCCUCUGCUCUGGUGGGUGUGGCUACUGUAGCUGUUCUGAUUUAUGACAUCAGAUCCAGAAGAGCUGAACAGGAGAGAUCACAAUAAACAUCAGCAUCAGAUUCUCACUCAUCAAUCACAUUUGCUAAAAUGUUUAACUAAAGGCUCAUAGCCAGUCUAGAUGUUUUAAGAACAAAAUGCAAUAUAUAUAAAUGUACACAUUUAAAAUAUUUUUAUAUAUAAAACAUCACAUUU